CCUCGAGCCAGGGCUUGACCGGCCCUGGACCGGGAAUACUCUCCGUGAGGUCGGGGGAGAAGCGGGAGGCGCUGGCCCUGCGGUGCGGGAGUGGUGCGGGACCGCCUUGCGUCGGGCUGAUGGGCAGCUGCGGGUCUCUCGAAUUUAACCUGUGAUCAUAGACUUGGCUCUUUCUGGAGUCGGCAGGGUGAAGAGUUGUCAGGACACUGAAGGAGAUCGAAAAAAGAAAGGGUAAACUUAUGCUCUGGAAGGCAUGGAGGGUCAGGAACUGCCUUAUGUGCUAAUUAACUGUAUAGGAGGAGUGCAUGGAGUAUAUGAAGACCAUGUUGGAUUUCUGCAGAAACAUUUUCAUCUCGUCACCAUGAAAGAAUAUCUUGAAAAUAAGACAUUUCUCAGCAAAAAGAUCAGAGCUAUUUAUAUGUGGUAUCACAAACCAGUUGUUAACAAAGAGCUGCUCCAGAGCCUGCCAAACUUGAGGAUAGUUGCAAGUUCUGGAGUGGGAAUAGAUCACUUGGACCUGAACCUCCUCUCUAGCUUUGGUGUGAAAGUAUCCAACACUCCAUUUAUUGUUUCCACUGACACUGCAGACCUGGGAAUGGCUCUGAUGCUGGCAUCUUCCAGGAGACUUGUGGAAGGCCAUGAGAUGGCAGUCUCUCCUGACACAGAGUAUUUCCCUGCUGACUGGCUGGGGGCUGAGGUUUCUGGAGCGACCCUGGGGAUUGUGGGAAUGGGCACCAUUGGUUACAAAGUGGCUGAAAGAGCCAAAGGCUUUGAAAUGAAGAUUUUGUAUCACAACAGAAGUCAGAGAAAAAAAGAAGAAGAAAGUGCCGUUGGAGCUGUUUACUGUAAGAAGAUAGAUGAUUUGCUCCAGCAGUCAGAUUUUGUGUUGCUGACUGUGAACCUAACUCCACAGACACACAAACUGAUUGGGAAGAGGGAGCUGGAGCUGAUGAAACCCACUGCUACUCUCAUUAAUAUUAGUAGAGGUCUGGUAGUGGAUCAGGAUGCUUUGGUGGAAGCACUUCAAAACAAAGUUAUUAAGGCAGCUGCUCUGGAUGUGACAUAUCCUGAACCUUUGCCAAGGGAUCACCCUUUGUUAAAGCUGAAGAAUGUCAUAAUAACUCCUCACAUCGGAAGUGCCACCAAGAAGACACGCCGCAUUAUGAUGGAGGAAAUGACAGAAAGCAUACAGGCGGGCCUUGCCGGUCUCCCUAUCCCUCACGAAGUGUUGCCAUAAAGUGGCUUGCACUUAAGCAUUAACGCCAUCGGUGGUUAUCCUGGCAUAACAAAACAGUAAUUUGAUCACUUUUCAUGUCAUUAUCCCAUGGGUGUUAUAUAGAUAAAACAUAUAAUGUUUGUUUAAAUAACA